CAAUUUGCAAGCGUGGGCGUUGCAUGCUGCCAAUUGGGUUUGGCCUCCUUUAUCUCAUUAACAGCAAAGGAGCGAUCAUGGAGGUCCCGUCUACUCAAAUUCUUAUAAUUGGAGGUGCCAUUGCUGUUGGUCUUGCUCUUAUUAUAUAUAAAACUCUAAGUGGGUCGUCUUCAACUAGAUCAGGUCCACCACCAGAGGCUCCUCUCAAGGGCCCCGUGGCUCUGGACUCCGAGAACAAGAUUCCAUUCAAACUGAUCAGCAAACAGAUAAUCACUCAUGAUACAAGGAAGUUCCGUUUUGCUUUGCAGUCAGAUAAACAUGUUCUAGGACUCCCUAUUGGUAACCACAUGUAUCUCAGUGCCCGUAUCAAUGGUGAGCUUGUAGUACGUCCUUAUACACCUGUCACCUCUAAUGACGAACUGGGACACUUUGACCUCAUUAUUAAGGUAUACAAGGCUGGGGUUCACCCACGCUUUCCUGAUGGGGGCAAGAUGUCGCAAUAUUUGGAUUCGCUGGAAAUAGGUGACACCGUUGACGUGAGGGGACCAGAGGGAAAGGUAUCCUAUGCUGGAAGAGGUUACUUCAAAGUGCGCAAGACUAAUGAUUUCUGUUAUGCUAAAAACGUAGGACUAAUUGCUGGAGGAACUGGUAUUACGCCAAUGCUGCAGAUUAUCAAGGCCAUACUAAAGGAUCCUGAAGAUAAGACUAAAGUCUCCCUCCUCUUUGCUAAUCAAACACAAGAUGACAUCCUUGUACGCUCUGAACUGGAAUGGCUUGCAAAGCAACACAAGAACUUCACACUGUGGUACACGUUAGACAAAUCACCAGAUGGUUGGCCGUACAGCACUGGUUUCAUUAAUGAUGAAAUGAUAUCUCGUCACUUGCCUCCACCAAAUAAAGACACAUUGAUCUUGAUGUGUGGGCCACCGCCUAUGAUCAAGUUUGCUUGUCUUCCUAAUUUGGAAAAACUUAAAUACACAGAGAAAAUGUACAUUGCAUUUUAGAGUGAGAGAAGAGAAAGUGAGAAAAGUGGUGUUGUGUUUAUUAGAUUUUUAAUGGUAAAGUUACCACCAAACUCCUCCCCCUUGAA